UUGUUUCCGUCAUACCGGAAGUUACCCGACAGACAAUAACUGUAACACACAGAAAGUUCCAGCAGAGCGUUUUGGUUCCAGUUAAAGGUCGACUUGAUAGUCGUCUGUCCUUUUCAGCCAGAAAACCCACGAUAUACAAUUAAUUUCAAAAUGCCGAGAGGAAGCAGAUCAUCACGGAUGGCGCCUCCAGCCAGACGGGCUCCAUCACCACAGCCAAUGUCUAGGGCUCCACCUCCUAUGGCCAGAGCUGCACCCCCUCCCUCCUAUGCCCCAGCUCCAGUGCACGCUCCGCCAUCUGCUGUGGGUGCUCCAGCUGCAGCACCCAGGCAGCCUGGUAUGUUUGCCCAGAUGGCGACUACAGCAGCUGGAGUGGCAGUGGGCUCUGCAGUAGGACACACCAUCGGCCAUGCAAUGACCGGAGGCUUUGGUGGAGGAAAGUCUGAGUCAGAGUCUGCCAGGCCUGACGUUACAUAUCAGGAGCAGACCCAGCAGUACCCGGCUCAGCCCAUGUACCAGCAGCAGCCACAGUCCAUGAUGUACCAGCAGGAGGCCCCUCAGCAGCAGCAGGCCUGCUCCUAUGAGCUUAAACAGUUCAUCGACUGUGCCCAAAACCAGCGCGACUACUCGCUCUGCGAGGGCUUCAGCGAUGUGCUCAAACAGUGCAAGUCAUCCUAUGGUCUGUCGUGAGACUGCGAUAAAAUCCUGGAGAGUGAAGAGCGCACAAAAACUCAAAUAAGCAGUCAUGCUUGAUCAAUAGUACUAGGGUGUUGAUUCUUAAGAUAUCAAUAAAAAUGCUUCAUUUUGACAGUUGAUUAAUAUUGUGUUCAUUCUCAGGACAAUGCUGCAGAGUUAGAAGUAACAGUGGUAUAAAUAAUGUUUAUAUAUUGUGCUGCAUGUUGAUUUCAGUUGUGAGUGUUUUUCAAUAGCUUUAGUGCUUUUAUUUUAAAUUGCUGAACUGCAUUUCUGGAUGAUGGAAGUCUGCGGUUUAGGUUUCAAAACAAUAAAGCGCUUGAAUUAAAAAAA